CUGCUAAUUUAUAUCCAAGCUGCGAUUGUAUACAAAGUUGAAGUGUUUUUCUCAACUCAUAAUACGAACAAAUCCAUGCCGGACCAACGCGAGGCCGACCCAGCCUUCACUUCCGAACUCACCGCGAAGGCAUCAAGUUUCGUCGACGCGCCGCCGCCGUCGAGUAACUCUAGGUAGACACAGAUAUGUCGGUGGACUUUCGCAUACGCAAAAACCUGUCGCUCACGAUGACGGAGCCGAUGCUCAUCCCUGGCUCCAACACCAGCUGCGAAGGACAUAGUCCUGAAGGGGUGUCCUCCAAGAAGGCCAAGUGCUUGUUGAAUGCGUGUGUGAUUGCUGCGCCUGCGAUGGCGGGGUCCGCAAUGUACGAAGUCAAGUUGGCGUACAACAACAACAAGCAGACCAGCAUGUACAAGUCGAAGCAGGACUUCUUUAACCUCAAGAGCAUGUUCCAGCUACUUGCCAUCACGAGUGCCAAGGGGUGCUGCCAACUGUGCCAAGAGUGUUCACAGGACCCGUGCAUCUCGAUGGACGUGUCGUGCCGCGGCGAUAACGCAUCUGACAUCUUGGACCUGUUCCUGUCCUGCUUGAUAUCGAAGCUCCAAUCGGUCGACCGCCGUGUGAUCUCGGACUGCUCCUGCCACAUGGGUGUCGUCAAGAUCAUGACCGACUUUCUCGAGUUGCGCAAUGUCAUGUACUUUACGUCCAAGUCGGACGAGAACUUGUACGCGGACGACGACGCGCCGUUGUCUGUGUCACACUGCUCGUUGUCCAAAAGUCUAUCGGAGCACUUUUCGUCGUUCGAUUCUGUCUGUUAAGGUGUCCCCGCCUUCCAUCCUCUUCGCUUGACUCAAACAACGAUGGCGAAACCAUAUUUAAUACUACAAUUUAUGGGGACUCUUCAAUUACAUCGUUCUUACCUUGUGGUUGUCGGCUACAGCAUGCAUGAUGGUUCAUGGGCUGGAUGGGCUGUUGUAGUACACAUCGCCGGGUGUAG